AUAAGAUAAGAAGGAGAGGAGGGACUGAAAAGCAAGAGAUAGGAAAGGGGGGUUGGAAAAGGUACAUAUAGGGGGAACAACAGGAAGUGGCUUUAGUACUAACCUUUUUUGUUUCAGGAGCUGCUUGUAGCUGAUGCAGAAGAAGUUGCUGAAGAUGACGGCCAGAAGCAGGAGAAUUCCCAAACGGUUCCUUACAGAUGAUGAGACCCUCUGGAAGACGAGAGCAAUCCGGGCUCAGAAGAGAUUGAAGCUCCUGGAAAAAAGGCAGGGAGAGAAACAGAAGAAGCAGGAGACGGUCUUGGAGCAGAAGGCAGCGGUAACCCCCCCUGAGAGAGAGCGGAUGCAAGAGGGUAACAAGAGAGACAAAGUGGGUAAAGUGAACAAUGGAGCAGGUGACAAAGAGGUCGAAGGGAGCACGACAGCGCCGCAGGGAAUGGCGGCAGCAGACAAGGAAGGACAAGACGGGCAUCGUGUGAGCCAUAAGAAACACGGUAAGCAAAUGUAUUAUAGUGACAGUAGUGAAUCUUCGUCAGAUAGUUCCACGGAUGAUGACUUUGAGGAUGAUAAGCGUAAUGGGAGGGGGCAUAGAAAAAUCUUGAAAAUUGUAAGAAAGUUAUAUGCUAAGCAAGAGAAAAAUAAGGUGGUGAAGGAAGGGUAUGAGGUCGGGGACAGCAGUGAUAAUGUGGUGAAUUUAGACGAUGAAGUAGCAGCGACCAAGCUCUUACCCCUUCCCACACAUUUAAAAGCGAAGGUUGUUAGGAAAGCGCAGAGAGGACGGUAUGUGGAUGUGUUUGAAAUGACUAGGGAAGCUUUGGCGGUCAAAUCUAAUGAGGGAAGGGGGAGAAAGGCAAAGCAGACAUUUCCAGAAUGGGUGAAAGGGAUGGUCAUAUAUGCAGAAUGUUUUCUAACGGCCAAUCCAGAUAAGAUGAAAGGGGUGCUGAGAUACAUACAUUUAAUAGCGGAAUGCUACACCACAUACGGGGGUUUCGCAUGGAAGGAUUAUGAUAGGGAAUUUAGGAAAGGAAAUAUACAAUUGGGUGGUAAAGAAAAAACAGGAUGUGAGAGUAUGUCUCACUACUUAGAUGAUUUUUUGGUAGUAGGCAAGAAAGAAACAGGGGAAUGUAGAAUCUGGAAGGAGGAGCUGGAGGCCAUGUUCAAACAGUUGGGGGUGCCAGUAGCAGCAGAUAAGUCGGAGGGGCCGGGUACGCGGCUGGUUUUCCUGGGUAUCAUGAUAGAUUCCGCAAAGGGACAAUGCGAGCUCCCAGCGGAUAAGAGUGAGAAGGCGAGACAUAUGAUAAAAAUGAUGUUGGAAAGGAAGAAAGUGACGUUGAGAGAGAUGCAGAGAUUGCUAGGGGUUUUAAAUUUUGCGUGCCGGGUAAUUCCGGUGGGUAGAUUAUUUAAAAGAAGGUUAGAAAUGGGAACAAAAGGGGCAAAGCUGCCAGAGCAUAUGGUGCGCGUGAAUAGGGAAAUGAAGGAAGACCUCAGAGUGUGGGAGGCAUUUCUAGACGAAUUUAAUGGUAUCAGGAUAUGGGAGGAGGCAAAGUCAGUGGAAGAAUUGGAGUUGUUCACAGAUGCGGCAGGCAGCGCAGGGUUUGGAGCGUAUUUGCAGGGUAGAUGGAGCGCAGGCGAAUGGCCUGCGGAUUGGAAGGAGAAAGGGUGGGCGAAGAACAUGACUUUGCUAGAGUUAUUUCCCAUUAUAGUGGCAAUUGAGCUAUGGGGCCAUGUAUUAGCCAUGUAUUAUUAA